ACAGUAAUCAGUUUUGUUUUGUUCGUUUCAUUUGAGUUGGUGUUCCUUUUCCGUUUACAAUAGUCUUACAACUCUUAAAAUAAAAUUAUGUCUUCCGACAAUAAAAUUAAUCCUAAUAAAGUGGAUAUAACAAAGGGCACAAAUCCAAAAGAUAAAGCCAAAAACAACGAUAAUAAAAGCAAUAAUGGCAAUACAAACAACACCAAGAAGCAAGCACGGCUAUGUCCCGGACGUGAUAUCUACGAACGUAUGAAUUUUUUGUAUCAGGCCGCAGCACUGAUGGCAGAAUCUGUCCCUGUGCUGUCCGGAACCUAUGGCAAACUGAUGAAAUCUGUUGGCAAAAAAGCCGUUCUUCGGAUAGAACCCGCUAUUAAACGGACCUUGUGUGUGAGAUGUGGAGUAGUGUUAAGUCCGACCUCAACGGCAAACUACACUGAUUAUCGGCACAAAAAACUCAGCUACGUCGAAGUGGAAUGCAAACUUUGUGGUUUUAGGAAAAAGUUUUACAGCAGGAAGAACUACAGGAUACGUCUGGAAGAUCCAGAAUCGAUUGUAGAAUCAAUGACUUUUGAAUAAACUUUUUACGAAA